AUGGUGUCGAAAGAAAAACAGGAAGGUUUUAAUUUGAUGGAAAAGAAAUAUAAGUUGGUGCCCCCCGAUGGGGGAUGGGGAUAUUUAGUGGCAAUAUCGGCGAUUAUCAGUUUUUCCACAACGACGGCGUUUGCUGGCUGUUUUGGAAUGAUGUACGAUGACUUCAUAAAUUCAGUAUCAUUGAAUUCUGCCAGCGUCACACUGCUCAUGGGAAUAUUCUGCAUGGCUAUCGCUUUUGCUGGUUUCUUCACAUCGGCCUUGCUGAACAUAAUGUCGAUGCGUAAGCUCGCCUUUGUAUCGUCAUUGAUAUUUGCAUGCGGAACACUGGGUACUGUCAUAAUGACCACACCAAUCAUGUUCUUCCUUACCGCUGGAGUGUUUCAGGGUAUCGGUUUGGGCAUAAUGUACAACUUAUCCUGCACAAUAGUAAAUGAGUACUUUACUGAAAAACGAGUACUCGUCAUGAGCUUCGUACAAACUGCUACAGGAGUCAAUGCCAUGAUUGCCCCAAUAUUCGUAAAAUGGUCUCUAGAAAACUAUGGAUCGAAAGGAACUUUGCUACUUAUUGGAGGCAUAUCGCUGCAUAACUUCGUUGCUGUAAUGCUAAUGCAACCGGUUCGGUGGCAUAUGAAGAAGGUGCCACUUGAAAUAACUGAAAAGACUGAACUUAAAAACCUACUCGAGGUGGAAGAGAACAAAGAAGAUAGGGCUGAAACGCCAAUUUUAAAAUUAUCAGAGAUAUCAGACUUCGAAGGAACUACUACGAAGGAAACUCUAGAAAAGUACUUCGACAUACCAGACAAAGGAAAGAAGAAAAUUGGUAUCAAGAAAGUAAUAGAAUCUGUGAUAGACACAUCUUUGAUCAAGACGUUUUUGCUUUCUUGUUCAUCGUUGGGGCCUGCUGUGUGCGCGACAGCUGAUGGUAUCUACAUCGUUAUGGUGCCACAGUAUUUAUACUCCAUGGAAUGGAGUCAAGAAAACGUAGCGAUGGCAAUAACAUUAUAUGGUUUUGGAGAUCUAGCGACAAGAGUCCUAUUCACUGGUAUCUCAAAAUGGAUGUACAAGCUUGGUAUUCAAAAGAUUUACGUAUUUGGUGUAGCCAUAGCGGCCCUAUCAAGAACCGGUAUGCUUUGGUCAAACAGCACAAUAGUGAUUUUAGUUUAUUUUACUUUAAUGGGCGUGGCACAUUGUUCCAUUGCUGUCUUGAUGCCUCUGGUAGUCACUGAUGCUGUAGCGCCUGAGAAAUUCACAUCAGCUAUGGGAUUCCUUCAACUUCUCUCCGGCGUAUUGAGCAUGGGGAUUGGACCAGCUGUCGACUACGUACUGAGGGAAGUCCUUAACAACCAUUGA